AUGGCUUCGGAGGAACCUCGAUCCGGCUCGAGCGUUGUCAGCCACGUCGAGCUUACUCGAUUUCUGGGUCCGGUCGUCAUCAGUGUUACCUUUAAUGCUUUCUUGUACGGGUUCAGCGUGCUGCAAUUCAUGCAGUACCGCUCUCGCCUUUUCACGGACACUCGGUUGACGCAGCUCCUGGUUGCAUGGACAUUUUUCGUCGACACUUUCCACACGUGCGCGCUCUGUUGGAUGGUUUGGACAUUUAUUGUAGACAACUUUGGGAAUCCCGCGUUUGUGUCCGACGCCCCAUGGCCCCUCGCCGCUACCCCAGCCUUAGUCGGAAUAACCGCCAUGCCCAUUGAGAUUUACUUUGCUCAUCGCAUCUGGACCAUCAGUCAAAACCGACGACUGUAUUGGUUUGUGAUAGUCUUGAUCGCGGCCACGUUCAUAACCUCGAUAACGUGCGCCGCCCUGGUAAUCGCGCAAGCUACUGUUAUCGGCCUCGAAAGGCUCCUUCCUAGCAUCGACGCGUGGCUUGGAUUGCAGGCUCUGACCGAAGCUGUCAUCAGUUAUGCACUCCUCCACUACAACGUCAAAAGUCGCACUGGUUUCAGACGCGCUGAGACGAUUAAGAACAAAAUUGCGGAUCUCUUCAUCCAGACUUCUUUGUUGACGUCUCUCUUCACGGUGGUCCAGACAAUCACUCCUAGCACGAACUUCCAUCUGCUACUCGGUCUCCCGAUGGGAAGAGUUUACACAUGUUGUUUACUCGCGAUGCUCAACUCUCAGCUACAACGGCAAGAAGAGGAGGCUGACGGCACCCGCGAUACAACCCGCGGCCGACGGUCCUAUGAACACCGCGUCGAGUUUGCGAAGGCUUUCCACAACGCGGAUAAGCAUUGGCCGACCGAGUUCGAGGUUAGGGUCGGCGUUGAGAUCCGGGAAGACGAAAUCGAGCACGUCCGGAUGGACAACCUCAGAGGCGAUGAAGACGUGCAUGGCCUUCCGGACCUGGGACCGAACUUGGAGGGGUCGGACCAGAAGGCGUCGCCGGUCUGA